AUGUAUUUCUCUCCUCUCGUUCUUUCCUGUGCUUUUCUUGGUGGAUUGGUAGCUGGUCUUCCUGUCAACAAUACCUCAAGUUAUUCUGGUAAUAAUCCAUUUGUGGUAGUGAAGAAUCAAUGUAGUUACUCGAUUGUGGCUGGUACAUCUGAAAAUGGCAAUCAAUAUGGCCAAUCUGUGUCAGUAUCUGCUGGCGGAUCACACACAUUUAAUUAUAAUGCUCCUUGGGAAGGUCGUAUCUGGGCACGUAAGAAUUGUUCUGGCAAGACAUGUAACUUUUCUGGUAUGUGGGCUCCUACAUCGUUGGCCGAGUUCCAUUUCGCCUCUGGUACCACUGAAGAUUUUUAUGAUAUUAGUUUUGUCGAUGGUUGGAAUCUACCUUUAUCCAUCGCUCCCAACACCAAGUCCAGUAAUAGUUAUCAAGUCGAUAAACACUGUGGUACUCCUUCCGUCAAGACCUUACCUGAUUGUCCCCAAGGCUUCCAAACCGAUGAUGGUGCUUGUCAAUCCGCUUGUUCCCAUUUCCAAACCCCUGAAUAUUGUUGUACUGGUGCCUAUAAUUCUGCUGAUACUUGUAAAGCUUCCUCUUAUGCUGCCAAGGUGAAGGCUCAAGCCCCCGAUGCCUACUCUUAUGCCUUUGAUGAUGCUACUUCUGUUUAUACUUGCAAGUCUCAAGGUUAUACCGUUACUUUCUGUCCCUAA